CUUGGCAUAUAAAAGGCACACCAGUGUGGCAAGCCGUCUCUCAGAUUGCAUUUGCUUUCACGGAUCUGUUUGGAACUGAAAGAAAAAGGGAAAGAGGGAGAGGGAAAAAAAACAACAAAAAAAAGAAAAAAGCUGCAGUGACUGUAAGAUCAUGCAAAAAAUAGUAGUCUAUGUUUAUAUUUACCUGUUCGUGCAGAUAUCUGUUGAUCCGGUGGCUCUCGAUGGCAGUAGUCAGCCCACAGAGAACACUGAAAAAGACGGACUGUGCAAUGCUUGUACGUGGAGACAGAACACAAAAUCCUCCAGAAUAGAAGCCAUAAAAAUUCAAAUCCUCAGCAAACUGCGCCUGGAACAAGCACCUAACAUUAGCAGGGACGUUAUUAAACAACUUCUACCCAAAGCUCCUCCACUGCAGGAACUGAUUGAUCAGUACGACGUCCAGAGAGAUGACAGUAGCGAUGGCUCUUUGGAAGAUGAUGACUAUCAUGCCACAACCGAAACGAUUAUCACAAUGCCUACGGAGUCUGAUUUUCUUGUACAAAUGGAGGGAAAACCAAAAUGUUGCUUCUUUAAGUUUAGCUCUAAGAUACAAUAUAACAAAGUAGUAAAGGCACAAUUAUGGAUAUACUUGAGGCAAGUCCAAAAACCUACAACGGUGUUUGUGCAGAUCCUGAGACUCAUUAAACCCAUGAAAGACGGUACAAGAUAUACUGGAAUUCGAUCUUUGAAACUUGACAUGAACCCAGGCAAUGGUAUCUGGCAGAGUAUUGAUGUGAAGACAGUCUUGCAAAAUUGGCUCAAACAGCCUGAAUCCAACUUAGGCAUCGAAAUAAAAGCUUUUGAUGAGAAUGGACGAGAUCUUGCUGUAACAUUCCCAGGACCAGGUGAAGACGGAUUGAACCCAUUUUUAGAGGUCAGAGUUACAGAUACACCAAAACGGUCCCGCAGAGAUUUUGGCCUUGACUGUGAUGAGCACUCAACAGAAUCUCGAUGUUGUCGCUACCCCUUGACGGUGGAUUUUGAAGCUUUUGGAUGGGACUGGAUUAUAGCGCCUAAAAGAUACAAAGCAAAUUACUGCUCUGGAGAAUGCGAAUUUGUAUUUCUACAGAAAUACCCUCACACUCACCUGGUGCACCAAGCAAAUCCAAGAGGUUCAGCAGGCCCUUGCUGCACACCCACCAAGAUGUCCCCUAUAAAUAUGCUGUAUUUCAAUGGAAAAGAACAAAUAAUAUAUGGAAAGAUACCAGCUAUGGUUGUAGAUCGUUGCGGGUGCUCAUGAGACCAUCGUGAGAUCCACCACUUCGUAAAUUGUGGAAGCCACCAAAAUAAAAAAGCUAUAUUCCCUCACCCAUUUUUGAAACUGUGAACUUACGUACACUAGGCAUUGCCAACAUCCUUAUACUGUACAACUGUACAGACCACAUUAAGCACAAUACAAGCUGCAGAAUGUGAACUUGAAGACAGUAGAGUUACCUAAGGGCUGGCUUUGAAACAAUGGACAAAGAAGCUACAAUCAAAAUCGCCGGAUUUAACCAAUGAGUUUCUUACAUUGUGAGGGAACCAAUAUUCAAUGAUUCAGACACAAAUUUAUAUGCAGUUUUCAACUUAUGCUGGUAAUGAAAAGUAAACUCCUUCUCUUCUGAGGACAGAAGGAGCAGGCUAUUAAAUCAACUUCUUUACAGCUUCACUUAAUGUUGUAUUCACAGAAAAAUAUAUACCGGUAACAUAUACACCACUUCGCAAUACCACCAAAAUCGUCCUUGAACACUUGAAUAUAUAGUGCAGAGUUGUGAUAAGAUGAAAUUCCACUUAAAUGGACAAAUCCUGAAGUUAGGGAUGGUGUAGUGUAUUUAGUGUGUUUCCAUUCCUUAUUUUCAUUAGUAUGUUAGUAAUUAAUGGCAAUGGUGCUACGUAAGCAGGCUGAGUAAAUAGAUAGUUAUCUAAGUGAAAGAAUUUAGAGUAAUAAUGAAUUUGCCCUAUCCUCAGGUACACUACUCAACAUUCGCAAGAAAAAGAUUUUUAAGGGAAGGUGAAUAGAUUUCUAAAUGAGGUCAAAGAAGAUACAGUACGGAAGUCUAACAUUCAAACCAUAAUCCCACACUGUAAUCUGCCUUCGCAACAUUACCGUUUGCACUAUAAUAAGCCAAUGCAAAUAGUUGGUUGCUACAGAUAUUGUUAAAAAAACCACUUUGAUAUAACUGACUUGUGUAAUAUGUAUGCAUCAAUAUUUUGUAAAUAAAUGUUUAUUUUUUAA